UGUGGUUAAGAAAAAGUAUCAGGCGUUUUAAAGGGGCAGCCUAAUAGAAGGACCCCCGCAGGUAAAGCAGGCUGAUAAAGAGAUAAUAGGCGGAUAAUGUUGAGAGCUGCUGGAGGAGAGGCAGGUUAAAGGUCACGUAGUGGAGAGAAAAAAAGUUUCUUGUAGUGGCUCCUUGCUUCGUUCUCAGCAUGGUUGUUGCAGAAAUCGUCGUGGUGGGAUCCUGUAUGACUGAUCUAGUGAGCCUUACUAAACGACUACCAAAAGUUGGAGAAACCAUACAUGGGUAUAAAUUUUUCACUGGAUUUGGGGGAAAAGGUGCCAACCAGUGUGUUCAGGCAGCUCGCCUUGGGACUAAAAUCUCAAUGAUCUGCAAGGUUGGGAAGGAUUCUUUUGGUAAUGACUACAUUGAACACUUUAAAAAAAAUGGAAUUCCAACAGAGUUUGUAAAUCAGACAGAAGAUGCUGCAACAGGAGCUGCUUCAAUCAUGGUCAACAGUGAAGGAGAAAACUUCAUUGUAAUUGUUGCGGGAGCAAAUUUACUUCUGAAUUCCAGUGAUUUAAAAAAGGCUGCUCAUAUCAUCGCUGAAGCCAAAGUGAUGGUCUGCCAACUCGAAAUAACCCCAGCAAUUUCUUUAGAAGCAUUAAAAAUGGCUCAUACCAAUGGAGUGAAGACUUUAUUUAAUCCUGCUCCAGCAAUUGCUGACCUAGACUCACAGUUUUACACUUAUUCCGACAUCAUCUGCUGCAAUGAAAGCGAGGCAGAAAUUCUAACAGGAAUUGCAGUUGGUAAUGCUGGAGAUGCUGGACAAGCGGGACUUAAAUUGUUAGAGAGAGGCUGUAGGACUGUCGUCGUAACUUUGGGACCAGAGGGCUGCGUGGUACUUUCCAAAGAGGAACCAACCCCAAAUCAUAUCCCUGUCGGGAAGACCUCUGCUGUAGAUACCACGGGAGCUGGUGACAGUUUUGUUGGAGCACUAGCAUUCUACCUGGCUCACUAUCCCAAUCUACCCCUACAUGAAAUGCUGAGGAGAAGUAACUUCAUAGCAUCCAUUAGCACUCAAACUACUGGGACACAGACUUCCUACCCUUACAGAAAAGAUCUGCCACAAAACCUGUUUUAAGCUGUGUAACACAUUUGAUUUUUCUCUGCCUUAUCCUGAAUGAGGUGGACAUGGUGUCACACACUGCAAUUCCAGUUUAGGAUACAGCAUUUCAGCUUUACAGUGAAAUUAUUUCCAUGUCUUAAUCACUUAAGCAAGGACCUGUUUAUUACUGUAUGUUUUAAAAAUGUGAUCCUACUCCGAGAAUAAAUUUUUUUGUGCCAUUUGGAAAA